AAAAUUAGUGGUAUCUUUUUCCAGAUUUUUUUAUUGCAUUUGAAAAUUAAAGGAUUUCCUGCACAUUAACACCGGUUUCGCAGUAGAGGAAAGAGGCAAACUUCGGCUACGCUGCACCGCUGUAGUCACCUCGACGCUUGAACAGUAGUUCUGUUCCAUUUAUAUAUUAGUACGACAUCACAUUAAUCCCUUUUUCGAUUAAAUUGCAAUCGGAAACUGUCUUCGGAGGGCAAAAGAGGAAACCCCCAGCGUAGUUCGACGUCUGACAAAGUACAAUCGGUAGCUGAUUUUUCAUCUUAAAAUAAAAUGGACCGCGCCGGAAUUAACUCCGUACGAAACGCACGACAAAGAAUUCUGGAUAUGAUCCAAACACCAGACCAAACCUUCGAGAUCCACGAAAAGACAAUCAAUAAAUUUCUCGCUGGCGAAAUAUUCGAAAAGGAGGACAUGCUUGAAGAAGCGAAAAAACAGAUGGGGACGUACAAUCACGAUUUCGAGAAGCAGUUUCGUCUAAUCGAAAAUUUUGAAAAUUUUGACGUCGCAUUGGAAGACUUUCAAAUUGAAACCGAACAACUCCACGUUCUAGUUUAUGGGAAACCAAUCAAGAGGUGGGUGAUGAUUUGCGUCGUCCAGGAGAACGUGGAGGAGAACGUUAAAACUACAGUAUUUUAUAAAGAUCCAUGCGGAGAUAAAAUUCCUUCACGAUUGUUCGAUAGACUUAAAGAAAAGUACCCCAGUGUCGAAGUUAUUAACAACGAAAUUGAACAGCAACAAGUCGACGAUGAACCUUCAUAUGGCCCUUCAACUUUACGGAAUAUUGGAAUUCUUCUCAAACAUUGGAACGAUAAGAAAAAUAAAUUAUCUGAUUUUUCUACGAUCCUAUUUCCGCUGUUGGACGAUCUCAAAAACCAACAGUUCCAAUUCGUAAUAAAAGAGAGUGACGUAUUAAAAGAAAACAAACGAUUUUUAGAAGAAUUAAAAGGAUUUCUUCGGGAACUUCCUAAGGAUCUAGCCAAACAAGUAAAACAAUACGCAGAAACAUUAGACAAUGGAUCUGAAAUAGACAUAGAAGACUUUCGUCCUUCGGAAAAUAAGAACCAAAAACAAUUUUUUUCCGAAGCUGAUAUAGAAGAGUUUCAAAAUAACUACGAAUCAAAGGACCAAGACGACCAUGGAAUAAGAAUUGAGAAAGAAUUUCCAGAAGAGAUUAAUAAACUGAACAACAUCUUUAAAAUUAUCGGGCAGAUGAAGGUUGACAAAAAUCUGCUGGCGGUUUUGAAGACAAUCAGUGAAAAAUUGGAGAUCGAUUACGAAGACCUACGAAGUUUCUAUGAGCAGCAGAUCGGACCAGCUGAACAAGAAGAAAGCGAAAGAAAACUUGCGUCAGAUGAUAUCGACGAGAUAGCCAAAAAUUUGCCCGAAAUGAGGACGGGAUCAGAAUGCAUCGACUGCGCGACAUUAGAUCAAAUAAUGGCGGAAGUCGUGAUCGGGAUGGACAAAGUGGACUCUACGACCGAAGCGGACGAAGACGACGACGACGACGACGACUAUGAGAAGAAUCACCUAAAAGCAAAAUACUUCGCCGUCGAGGAAGCGUACGAAGCCGUAUGGAAGGACAGUACCAUUACCGAUAUACACGCGUGGGCGGUGAAAACCAAAGGUCGACUAGAUACUUCGGAGGAAAGCGUCUGCGAAGCGAUCGCGAUUAUGGACCGUGCCUUCAACUUAGUAACGGGAGGCUACCGCUUGAGGAUCCCGCAAAUACUUAGUGUGAUAAUUUUUUUGCACGGCAAUCGUGUCCAAGGGCGCUUAAGUCAGAUUAAAACCGGCGAAGGCAAAACGAACAUUGUAGCACUGUUGGCCAUCGUGAAGUGUCUUCAGGGCCACACGGUAGACGUGUUGACCAGUAGUCCCAUCCUCGCACAGGAAGGCGUGGACGAAACCAGGACACUUUUGUCCGUGUUCGGUCUUACGGUCGCCACAAAUAACAGACCCACCGACGACGAGUCCAAAUACACCGGAGCCUGCUAUGAGGCCGACGUCCUGUACGGUACCAUCGGAAACUUCCAAUUCGACUAUCUGAAAGAGUCUUUGGACGGAGACGACGUCCGGCAUAAACGUAAAUUCGAUAUAGUCAUUUUGGACGAAGUCGAUUCGAUGCUAAUAGACAAUGGUGGCCACGUUGCGAAAUUGGCAAACCCCUACCCGGGAAUGGAAUGCCUUCGUUAUGUAUACUUAGAAAUAUGGAAAAAGUUGCACGACGCCGAAAACGAAUACGUUGAGGAAACGCAGCGAGAGAUCCAGAAGAUCAUCGACAGCUACGACGAUUUGAAAGAGGCCGAAGUGCGUUACGCCGAAUACGAGAAGCGUAGACUAGCGAAAGAAAGGGAAAUUCUUAAAGGGAAGAUUAGGGCAUCCGGUCCCAUAGAUAUGAGUUUCGUACCAGAACAUCUCAAAACUUACGUAUCAUCCCAGUUAGAAACGUGGAUGAAGAACGCCAUACACGCGAAAUACAGUUGCAAAGAGCACAAACAAUACCGCUUAAUAACAGAUAAAAGCGGAGAGAAGAAAAUCGCGCCGGUUGAUUACCUGAACACAGGAGUGACCAUGCGAAAUACCAUUUGGUCGAAGGGUCUCCACCAAUUCGUCCAGAUAAAGCACAAUCUCCAACUGACUUUCGAAACGUUAACAAGUAGCUUUGUGUCCAAUAUUGGGUACAUAAAACUCUACAAAUCAGAAAACAUCUAUGGCAUGACAGGAACUCUCGGUUCCAGAGCCGAGCAAGAACUACUCUCUUCCAUAUACGACGUGGAUUACGCCAAGAUACCGACUUUCAGAAGGAAGAACUUCGAAGAGCUGGCCGGAAUCGUCGUCGACGACGAAAUCUGGGCUAGCCAAGUCGCGAUCGAGAUAUUAGCGAAAACCGACGACGCUAGAGCCGUUUUAGCCAUCUUCGAGACUCAGGAUGAUCUGUUCGAAGUAGAACAUAAUCUACGCAUCCUGCAACCUGAAGGCGUCAGAAUACGUCUGUAUUCCAGCGAGGAGCACGCCGACCAAACCAAAGAAAGGGCAAACGUGGGAGAUGUUAUUCUGGCCACCAACAUAGCUGGCCGCGGAACGAACUUUAAAACUACGAAGGUAGUCGAAGGCAAUGGUGGUCUCCACGUGAUGGUCGGCUUUCUUCCCGUUAAUCUUCGCGUGGAAGGUCAAGCAUUCGGUCGGACGUCGAGGCAGGGAAACAACGGUACCGCUCAACUGAUCCUGCGUAAGAGCGAAACCGAGCAGAUCGGAAUGAAGGGCGAUGAAAAUAUCAAUUUUGUCGCGAUCAAGGAUAAGAGAGAUCAGCUAGAACGAGAGAGACUAUACCAAAUCCGCCACGGCCUGGUGAAAGAAUUGACCUUUAAGGACGAACUGUAUCGGCUCUUUGCGGAUCUUCACAGGGAGCUGAAAAGAAACAAAUCCACGGAAGAGUACGAUUAUGUAUUGAAAGAUCUGAAAGAGUUCUGGGCGAACUGGUUGGAAAAGAAGCAAUUUAGAUCGCAUAACAUCGACACAGAAGCAUCGAUCGUGUUCGAGGAAUUCAAGAAGGAGGCGAGAAGCAACAUCGAAGGAAAGAUACGCCACAAUCCGUACUAUGCCAUCGCUUUGGCGGAUUUCUUUCUGGAAAAUGGCAACACGGCCAAAGCGAAGACUUACUUAGAGACGGCAAUGGAAAUCAGCGAUGAGAAGAACGUUCCCGGCGCACACAUGAAGAUGUUCGAAGUGUACAUCGAACAGGCGAACGCAUUUUACUACCAGAUCUUGCAAGUGGUAGAGGACUUUCUCAAGCUGAGUUUAGCAGAGAAAGAUCCGAACCUAUCUGGCGCAAAAUCGUCCAUUAAGACGGCUCGGAGCGACUUGACGAAGGAAAUCGAUCACAUCGAGAAGUUAUUGGACGACCCGAAGUUUAUCGACAUAAUUAAUGCAGACGAAGAGGACGCCGGGUUACUGAAACACUUGAAGGCAAGACUGUAUUGUUUGAAAAUACAUUGCGGAAACAUCGACGAAGUGCUCAAGCAACUCAACCAGAACCACUUGAAAGUUGCAUUGGAAUCGCGAACACCCGCGAACCUCAAAAACUUGCUCGUAAUGAUGGAGAAGUCGGAAGAUAGAGAACUGCUUUCCGAUGUUGACAUCGUCGACUUCGAGAGCGUCGGAAUGAAUAUUAUCUACUCGGUCAAAACCGCGAACACCAUUCCCGACGAGCUACGAACCAAGUGCCUCGUGCUCAUAGGCGGAGGUGUCGUAGCGCUAGGAGUAGGUUUGGCCUUCUUCCCCAUCUUUCCGAUGAUGAGCACUCUGGCAGCGACGCUACUAUCUGACGCUGUCGUCGAUCUUGCAAUGGCGGUACUGUUUGGACAAAAAUCCGACGAGACUCUGGGCGAUUACGUCAAAGCAAAAUUCAUCUCCAUGGGCGCGAGCAUGUUAACAUUCGGUAUUGGCGCCAUAGUUCAAGUUGUGAAAGUGAUUAAACUGGUGAUACAGUUGGCCCGGAAAUUUUCGCGCAACGCAUUAAAAAGCUUCGCUCUCAAAUCGUUGGCGAAGGAGAGCGUCAAGUCCGUGCGUCAGCUUCACUCGCGAGUAUCGCAACGUUUGACCGUCGUGAAAUUCAACAGAUUGCCGAACCGCAAACAACUCGCCGAGCUGAAGCGGCUCCUCAACUCUAACCUAACGAAGGAACUGAAAAAUCUGGGCGGAAUGAAGAAACUCGAGAAGCUGCGGAAGAUGGAAUGUCGCGCGAAAGCGAAGAAGUUAUCCGAGCUGUUCAAAGAGGGACUGGUGAAGAUCGGCAAAGAAACGGCACGAAAACUGAAGGAGACCAUCUACAACGACGUGAUAAUACCAACCAUCGCGAGAAAGGUGACCGGAGACCUAAUCGAUAAGAUAAACGCCAUGAUCGAAGAAUCGAUUAGGUCGAACAAGAAGCUGAUGGAGAAGUUGCGGACCAGCGACUUCACCCAAAUCCAAGAGACGGUCGAUCGAUUCGCGGCACAAGAUCUUACAAAACACCAUCCUAUUGUCAACGUUGCAAAUAAACUCCGAGAGAAGAAGCAGAAAAAAGUCGUGGAAUUUUUGAAAGAGGCGCGAGAAUUAACGGAAAAGAACGCGGAACUCAUCAGAUACGUCAAAGGCUUCGCGAACUACCUAGAGAAACAUCUGAAACCGGCCGGCUGCGACAACGACGUUGAAGAUGUCGUCGAGAAGAUCUGCAUAACGCUCCAAGAGAAAAUUUUCUCUUUAUGGUGUAAUAUCUUAAAAUCCAAUAUCGCCAUGGUCGGUUCCAUGGCGAAAGAAACGAAGAAGGCGAUUAAGGACAAGAAGAUUGCUGAUGAGGUCUUAAUCGGCGGAGCCGAAACGGCAUUGCAAGUCGUCGUUCACGUGCACCAGUACUACGCUAUCUUUGGUUUAGUGGAGAACGCCCCACUGGUCGACGUGACAAGACAAUAUAGAAGACUGAGGCUGAUUUAUCACGAUGACCCCACGAAAAGCCAACUUGAAACAUUCGAAAAGGCUUAUCAACACAUCCUGAACACUCACCCCAUGAGGAACAUUUAGCUGUGUAAAAACUUCGUCGUUCUUGGUUUGGAAGAGGACUCUCCCCUGGACGAGGCGACACAAGAAUUUCAACCUGAUUGAUCACCACCGGACCGACGAAAAUAUCAAUUCGCGCUCAAUUUUAAAUUUUUAACGUUCACUGCAGAGACGUUCGGUCUCCACAUGCAGGUUUUGAUCCUUUCAACCGCAAAACAUUUGUUAGUGAUUUGAAAUGUAA